CCUAUGAGGUGGGACUUAUCGUGGUUUUUUUUUUCUUUCAUUUAUCUUAUGCUUAUGCCAGAAUAUUUUCACAAAAUAACCUGGUAAAGCGUUUGUAUUAUAUGCUGUCUGCAAACACGGUUCUCUUUGCUAUUAUUGUAGCAGUUACAAAGCCCCUGAAAUUUAAAUUCAUCCAUGCUUUCUUAAUUCCCCUGUUCUAUCACUUUCUUAUCCAAGAGAAUGGCCUUAGCCACUGGGACUAGGUAACCAGAGAGCUUAGUAGGUAUUAGUCACAUGAGGAAUUCGUGCAGGUUUAACUGAAUCAGAAAAUACACUGUGACAGGACAAGGCCGUGCAGAGGUUCCUCCAUCUUGUAUUCUUGCUGAGACCGUUCCCAGGGUUAAUUGGAAACUGAUUUCCUUGAUGGAGUAUCUACGGAAAACUACCCAGCUCUAUUCUAGGAAGCAAAUUCUAUCCUAUCUAAACUUUCUUAACCUUUUUAAAAAAUUGUUUGUUUGUGGAGAACCUCCUCCAGGUAAACACACACAUCCUAGCUGUCUGUGUGCGCAGAAACCCUUCUCAGAGUUUCUAACAUCCUAUCUUAGCUCCUGUUAAAAAACUGCUUGCUUCAAACUGCUGACACUGCAAAACUUCCCCUGCGAAUGCCAAGCAAACGCCUGAACUGAGAUCUCUGACUUUAAAAACUCUGUGUUCUAGAUACUUGAAGCCUCGCCUAGGUGUGGUCCCAGCCAGCUGUGGUAUAAAGACUUGAGCUGGCUGUAAACGGUUUGAGUGCAAAUCUCUGGUGUUAAGGUUUGUUGACAUUCAGUGCUGUGACCUUUGCAGGAGGAGUGGGAAUGCCUAGACCCUGCUCAGGGCAUUUUGCAGAGAUCUGUUGGAGAACUGCAGCAGUGUGAAUCCUGAAGGUCUCACAUUGCGCAGCCGGGCCUGCUCACCUGUGAAGCAGAACAAACCCCUGGCUGGAGAAGAGAGAGGAGACAGUAGCAAAGGAUCCAGGGGAAAUUGAUAGCAGCCAGAGAUUGAAGGAUCUCAGAGUUGUACCAGUAUAUAUCAGUUGUCAACUUGAGUGUAUUAAGAACUGCUUGAACACUGAAGAGGAGGCUCACUCAGAGUUUGAUUGCGAAGAGUUCCAGUCUUUGGUCCUAAGACAGAAACUCAGAGAAGAGCAACAGAGCAAAUGGCUGCUUCUCCAAUAAGUGCUCCAAAGGGUCUGUUGACAUUCAGAAAUGUGGCUGUGGACUUCUCUCAGGAGGAAUGGGAUUGUCUAGAUUCUUCUCAAAGGGCUCUCUACAUGGAUGUAAUGCGGGAGAAUUAUAGCAAUCUAGUUUUUGUAGAGAACCAUUGUAUAUGUGGUAAAUAUGAGAAUGUCUUGGAUCAAGACUCAAAGCAUGUUGUGCAUCAGCAUAUGUAUAUUCAAGAGAAGUCUCACAAAUGGUAUGAGCCUGGUAAAAUGGUUCCUAAAUCCUCCCAAUGUAUAACUUCUGACACAAGUGAUACUACAGAAAGCUGCAAGAAUUACAGGAAUGGUAGUCACAGGGAUUCUUCUACUGAGUUAUCAAACCUAAAGAGACAUAAAAGUGGAAGCACCGUAGAAGAACAAUACAAAUAUAAAGAUUACGGGAAGUGUUUAAGUUUGUGUUCCACAAUUAGUCAAUAUCAACGGAUCCACACUAGAAAGAAAGAACACAAAAAUACAGAAUGUGAUGAAUUUUUUGACCCUAAACUUGAACACACAAUUGAACAAAUCCAUAGUGGAGAGAAAGCAUACCAAUGCAGGAAAUGUGGAAAGUGCUUCCGGACCUAUUUGAGACUCAGUAAACAUCAGAGAACUCAUCCUGGAGAGAAACCCUAUAAAUUUAUAGAAUGUGAUAACUCCUCUCUGCAUUUGUCACACCGCAAAGUACAUUACAAUAUCCAUCAUGGAGAAAAACCCCGCAAAUGUACAGAAUGUGGCAAGUGCUUUUAUAAUUCAUCAGGCUUUAAAAGACGUUGUAGAAUCCACACUGAAGAGGAGACUUACAAAUGUAAAAAUUGUAGAAAAUCCUUUAUCUGUUGCUCUGGUCUUAGAAAACAUCAGAAAAUUCAUGGAAGAGAAAGGCCUUAUAAAUGUAAACAAUGUAGUAAAUCCUUCUAUACAUUGUCACACCUUGAAUACCAUUGCAGAACCCACAGUGGAGAGAAACUUUACAGAUGUAAUGAAUGUGGCAAAUCCCUUUCUACCUCCUCAGGUCUUAGAAAACAUCAGAGAAUUCAUACAGGAGAGAAAAUUUACAAAUGCAGUGAAUGUGGCAAAUCCUUUACUUUCCGCACAUCUCUUAGACUACAUCAAAGAAUUCAUACAGGAGAGAAACCUUACAAAUGCAGUGAAUGUGACAAAUGCUUUAUCCAGAAAGUCAACCUUAGAACACAUCAGAUAAUUCAUACAGGAGAGAAACCUUUCAAAUGUAGUGAAUGUGAGAAAUCCUUUACCGUUGGCUCUGGUCUUAGAAGACAUCAAACAGUUCAUACUGGAGAGAAACCUUAUAAAUGUAGUGAAUGUGGGAAAUCCUUCACAAUUGUCUCAGAUCUUAGAAAUCAUCAGAAAAUUCAUACUGGAGAGAAACCUCACAAAUGCAGUGAAUGUGGGAAAUCAUUUAUCUGGAAAGCUGAUCUUAGAACUCAUCAGAAAGUCCAUACAGGAGAGAAACCUUACAAAUGUAGUGAAUGUGGAAAAUCCUUUACCACUGGCUCAGGUCUUAGAAGACAUCAGAGAAUUCAUACAGGAGAGAGACCUUACAAAUGCAGUGAAUGUGACAAAUAUUUUGUCCAGAAAACCAACCUUAGAAGACAUCAGAGAAUUCAUACAGGAGAAAAACCUUACCAUUGUAGUGAAUGUGGGAAGUAUUUUAACACUGACUCAUAUCUUAGAAUACAUCAGAAAAUUCAUACUGGAGAGAAACCUUACAAAUGUACUGAAUGUGACAAAUACUUUAUCCAGAAAGCCAAACUUAGAAUACAUCAGAAAAUUCAUACAGGAGAGAAACCUUACAACUGUAAUGAAUGUGACAAAUGCUUUAUCCAGAAAGGCAAUCUUAUAACUCAUCAGAGAAUUCAUACAGGAGAGAAACCUUACAAAUGUAGUAGAUGUGAGAAAUCCUUUGCCAUUGGCUCGGUUCUUAGAAAACAUGAGAAAAUUCAUACUAGAAGAAACCUUACCAGUGCAUUGAAUGUAACUAGUCCUUUGUCCAGGAAGCCAGGUUUAGAACUCAGCAAGGAAUUCGUACAGGAGAGAACCUUGUAAGUGCAGUGUAUAUAGGAAAGUCUUUACCCACUCCUAAGAAAACAUCAGAAAAUUCAAACUAGAAUCCUAAGUUUCCAUAUUAAGUAAUAUGGCCUAUAAUUUAUCCAAGCUCUGUCCUUAUGGACCAAUGCAGAUUCCACAAAAGAGAAUCAGUGUGAACAUGAGAAACUUGUGGAAGCCUUUAAGUAAUGUUCAAAAUCUUAGAAAAAUUAAUCAAGACUUUAUAUUGAGGAAAAUUCUGAAUAUGUCACAUUGUGGGAAAUUUUUUUUUUAAAAAAAUUACUUUUCCGACCACAAAUGCUUCAUACUGAAGACAAAAUGGGGAAGUCUUUAGAAUGUCCUGUUGUAUAUGGAGACUGAAGCAUUCUAUCCAGUAGGAAAGCUGAUUAAGACAAGAAAUAAACCAUUCGUAAUUGCUUCAAGAAGUUUCUGAAACUGACAAGGUUCACUAUGCUUAAUUCCAUUGAAGAAACUUUUAUUAGUCUUGAUGCUUCUACUUCAAAGAGGCUUUGAUGAAUUGAGCCAGUAAGAUACAGUGCUCUUUAAAUGUACAUAUGCCUGUAAGUGUGUAGUAUGCUGUGGGUAUCCAGCUUUCAAAAGCUAUAUUUUAUGCUGCCUUGGAGUUUUGUGAUGGCAACUUUGAGUAAACUUUACUCUUGUAACCAACUCCAGUCCUGUAUUUAUGUAAGUAAAUAACCCAAUAAAAUCCAUUGGUUCAACAAGAUA